UGAAGAGGCUACAAAGACGAAAGAAAAAAGGGCUAAAAAAUGCCUCUUUUUUCAUCCAUACGAUCUAACCGAUUCUCUCCCCUCGCUCGCCUAAUUACUCCGCCGUCUUCUCCUUCCCUUCGCCCGUUCUCAUUUGUUUCUGUCCGGGCACAGCUCCGGAGCUCAGCAACGUCGGCAUACUCUAGCUGGAAGCACCAUCUUCUUCUCGCAAGCAGAAGUAGGCUUCAGCUUCCGCCGCGGCUAGGCUUGUUUGGCUGCUUGGUUGCUGAAGGAUCUUCUUUGGUGGUGUCAAUGGAAACUUCGGCGGACAAGGUAGCGGGGGCGGAAGGUGGAAGAGAUAGGGAUCGCAAGGACGGCGCCCCCGCCCGGCUUAAGCUGGAGGAGCUGAAAUGGGAUCACUCGUUUGUGAGGGAGUUGCCCGGCGAUCCGAGGUCGGAUAUUAUGUCUCGUGAGGUGCUACAUGCUUGCUACACCAAAGUAUCACCAUCUUCUAAUGUAGAAAAUCCAGAGCUUGUUGCAUGGUCUGAUGCAGUUGCCAAGCUGCUUGACUUGGAUUCUAACGAAUUUCAAAGACCAGAUUUCCCUCUCUUAUUUUCUGGAGCAUUGCCUUUGUUAGGAGGAUUACCUUAUGCACAAUGUUAUGGUGGACACCAAUUUGGUUUGUGGGCUGGUCAGCUUGGUGAUGGCCGUGCAAUAACUCUUGGUGAAGUUGUAAAUACUCGUGGCGAGAGAUGGGAAUUGCAACUUAAGGGAGCAGGAAAGACUCCCUAUAGUCGGUUUGCAGAUGGUCUUGCAGUCCUGCGCAGCAGCAUUCGUGAAUUCCUUUGUAGUGAAGCAAUGCAUGGUCUUGGAAUUCCGACAACCCGCGCCCUUUGUCUGGUCACAACAGGAAAAUCUGUCUCACGGGAUAUGUUCUAUGACGGUAACUCGAAAGAUGAACCUGGUGCAAUUGUCUGCCGUGUUGCUCAAUCGUUUCUGCGUAUUGGUUCAUUCCAAAUUCAUGCAUUCAGGGGCAAAGAAGACCUUGAUAUUAUACGCACUUUAGCAGACUAUACCAUUCGCCAUCAUUUUCCUCAUCUUGAAAAGAUGAGCAAAAGUGAGGAUAUUUCUUUUGGAGCUGGUCUAGAAGGAUCUCCAGCUGUGGACUUGACGUCUAACAAGUAUGCAGCUUGGUCGGUUGAAGUUGCGGAGCUUACCGCUUCCCUGAUUGCCGGAUGGCAGGGAGUUGGCUUCACUCAUGGUGUGCUGAACACUGAUAACAUGAGCAUACUGGGGUUAACAAUAGAUUAUGGCCCUUUUGGUUUCCUGGAUGCUUUUGAUCCAAGCUAUACCCCUAAUACCACUGAUCUCCCGGGAAGAAGGUAUUGUUUUGCAAAUCAGCCGGAUGUUGGCUUAUGGAAUAUUGCACAAUUCACUGCAACAUUGUCAGCUGCAAAUUUGAUCAACCAAGAGGAAGUAAACUAUGCUAUGGAGAGAUAUGGAAUAAAAUUUAUGGACCAGUAUCAGUCUAUAAUGACCAGGAAACUUGGUCUAACCAAGUAUAACAAACAUUUGAUUAGUAAGCUUCUCAACAACAUGGCUGUUGAUAAAGUUGACUACACAAAUUUCUUUCGUCUACUUUCAAAUAUCAAAGCAGAUCCCAAGGUUCCUGAAGAUGAGCUUCUCAUUCCUCUCAAAGCUGUGCUGUUAGAUAUAGGCAAUGAGAGAAAGGAAGCUUGGAUAAGCUGGAUGCAGACCUAUAUUGAGGAGUUGGUCGCUAGCGGCAUCCCAGAUGAGCAGAGGAAAGCUGCCAUGAACUCUGUGAAUCCAAGAUAUAUCCUUAGGAAUUAUCUAUGCCAGACAGCUAUUGAUUCAGCUGAGCAAGGAGACUACGACGAGGUUCGCCGUCUUCUUAAAGUGAUGGAAAGCCCUUAUGAUGAACAACCAGGAAUGGAGAAAUAUGCGAGGUUGCCGCCUGCAUGGGCUUAUCGCCCCGGUGUCUGUAUGCUUUCUUGUUCCUCUUGAGACUGUCUAGUUUAUGCUGUAAUGCUGUACAAAAUUUAUCAUUAUGC